AUGUUUAAGAAUAAGUUUUCGCUCCUAUUGCUUUUAUUUUCUGUUGCCACAUUAGUACUAUCAUUCACUACUGAUGAAGUUGAAAUAUUUAGAUUACAGAAAGAAAUUGCUACCAGAUAUGGUGAAGAAAUUAGUUUCUAUAAAUUUUUAAAACUUCCAGAUUUAGAUAAAUCAACAAGUAACCAGAUCAAAAAGAAUCUGAAAAAACUAGCUAAGAAGUAUCAUCCUGAUAAGAAUCCAAAAUAUAAGAAAUUUUAUUCUCGUUUAAAUGAGGUCACUAAAAUUCUAGUAAAUGAAAGUAGCAGGAAGUCCUAUGACUACUAUUUGAAGAAUGGUUUCCCAGAUUACAAUUUCAAUAAAGGUGGUUUCUAUUUCAAGAGAGUACAACCAAAGACAUGGUUUACAUUGUCUUUCAUCUAUAUCAUUGCCAGUGCUAUGCAUUAUGUGAUAUUAAUCAUCCAAUAUUCUAGUAACCAAAAACGUAUUUCCAGUUUUAUUAAGAACUGUAAAGAAAAUGAUGAUACAAACGGUUUAGGAGAAAAAAGAUUAAUCUUUAAGCAAUACCAAGGAGAUGAGGGCAAGGAAUUUUUGGUUAAAUUUGGUGAAGUAUUUGCAUUUGAAGAGGAUGGAAGCACAACUUUAAUCUCACCUGACACUGUUGAACAACCAAGCAUUUAUGAUUGUAUGUUUUUCAGUUUGCCAAAGUAUUUAUGGAACACUUCCAUUGGUAGAUUAUUUAACAGGAACACAACUGAACCUACAGGUAAAAAGUUAGGUAAACGUAAACCAAAGAAAAAUAUAAAGAAGGAACCUAAGGUUUAUGAAAUUGAAAACGAUAAUGAUACUUACGAAGAUGUUAAAAAGAGAAAAUAA